AUGCUCUCAUUCACAACAAGCUUUAUAUCCAUCUCGCUAGCACUAUUCAGCUCUGCCAGCGCACAGUCUCCCAACUAUUGUCCUCUCCUCGGGCCAGUCUACCCACCUCCUACAGAUCUUUCAAACGAUCCAACCUUUGCCACGGCAGUUCUAGAUAUCACGUCAAUCCUCGACCAAACCACGAGCAAUGGCAGUCUAUCCAAGAAUUCGAUUUCAGUACAGAUAUUCGAUGCAACCCAUGCAGGACCAUUGUUGAAUUUUGCCUACACUGCUAAUAAUAUCAACACCACCCUUGGCGUCAGCACAGUCGACCAAGAUACAGUGUUCCGUGUGGGGAGUGUGUCAAAGCUGUGGACAAUAGUGCUGUUCCUGGUGGAAGAGGGUCUUUGGCCUUUUCAGGAACCGAUUGUAAGAUUUAUCCCUGAGCUACAUGAGGCUGCUAGCAAACUUCAGUGGGAUCCGCGGAAGAGACGGGAUGCCAUUGAUUAUGUGCAUUGGGGAGAGGUCUCGAUGGGAGAAUUGGCAAGCCAUUUGGCUGGCAUUGCCAGAGAUUAUGGUGUACUUGAUCUAUCGGGGAUGGCUUCUCAGAUGGAGCAACUGGGAUUCCCUCCGCUCCAACCGUCUGAGAUUCCACCAUGUGGAAAUCCAAAUCCCUGCAGCAGAGAGCAAUUUUUCAAUGGGCUGCUUCAAAGCCAUCCCAUUGUACCGACUUCUUCGACUCCAGUGUACUCGAACGCGGCAUUCCAGAUUCUUGCGUAUGCGUUGGAGGCUAUGACUGAUCAGUCAUACGAAGAGCUACUGCAACGAGAUAUUAUUGCACCACUAGGGUUGAAUGGAACGUACUACACGACGCCCAACACAUCACUUGGGGUGAUUCCUAAUGAUUCUGGUGAAUACUGGUGGAAUUUCGAUCUCGGCGACGAAGGACCUGCCGGAGGUAUUUACUCAAGUACAAGGGACAUGGCAACUCUGGGUCAAGCAAUCCUCAGUAGCUCACUGUUUCCCAAAUUCAUUACUCGACGAUGGAUGAAGCCUGCCACCCAUACAUCAUCACUGGAUUAUUCCGUGGGAGCACCUUGGGAGAUCGUCUCAUUUGGCGAUGAGCGCCCUAUCGACAUUUACUCAAAGGCAGGCGAUAUCGGCACCUAUUCAUCCAUCAUCGCCCUCUCACCAGAUCACAAUGUCGGCUUCACAGUUCUUGCUGCAGGCGCGGACGGUCACGCAAAAGUCGCCUUGGCAUCUGAUCUUAUCUCGGCUUUACUUCUCCCUGCUCUCGAAGCGAGUGCUAAGAAUCAAGCCGCCGCACGAUAUGCUGGAGAAUAUACUGCAACCGAUAGCACAAACUCUUCAAUAGCAAUCACGACAGAUGACGGACCCGGAUUGCUGAUCACAAGUUGGGUCAAUAAUAGAACGGACAUGAUCCAGUCAUUGAUGACCCUUGGGCAUGUUAGCGAUCCCUCCACCUUUGGCAUUCGGUUGUAUCCGACUGGCCUUGAGAGUCCCGGUCAGAUAUCGUUCCGGGCUUUGAUGCCUCCUUCACUGUCUACGGCUGGGAACGGGCCUUUUACCUCGUCUUGCAUCACGUGGGUCACUGUUGAUGGGCAAGUAUAUGGUAAUGUGGGCAUUGAUGAAUUUGUUUUCAAUAUGGAUGAGAGAGGUGUUGUGAAUGGUAUCAUACCCAGGGUACUUCGUACUACCUUGCGAAAGACUUGA